AUGGGAGACGAAGGAAGAACGAAAAGAGGACGAGAACAAAAGAAACAAAGCCAGGAAGCAAAUACACCCAAGAAAGCAAGAAACAGUCUAGAAGAUGCUGAAGAGCAAGAAACAAAGAUCGACAUUGACAUCCAAACCCUCAAUGAGCUGGUUCAUGCUUCAUCAGAGCAGAUCAAAAAAGCUGCUGGAAUGCAUUGCAUCAUGGUCAUCGGCAAGACCGGAAUAGGCAAGAGUACCAUCCUCACUGCCAUGAUCAAAGGAAUGUCUUCCUUGCAUGCAAAGAAAGAAAGAGGCGCUGUCCACCUCGUAUCAGAGGGCGAUCCCAUCACUGAUGACCAUGGCAACGAGAUCUUCGUCAUCGGACAUGACCGCGGAAAGUCGCAGACUGACGUGCCAGGCGUGUACAGAGACGCCAAACGGAAGGUGGCGAUCUGUGACUGCCCCGGCUUCAAGGAUACGCGUGGCAAGACAUUCGAGAUCGCCAACGCCAUCAACAUCAGCGGGAUCAUCACCGUCGCUAAGUCGGUCACCAUCGUCGCCGCCUUCCCCUACGCCAGCAUCGCUUCUGCUGAGGGACGCGGGGAUGUGCUGAGAGAGCUGCUGCAGAGCCUGCGGUCCAUCUUCUCCGUCAAGGACGAGGACCUCUCCGGCCUGGAAGCUGUCAUCCCCCUCGUGCUCAAGACACCCAAGCUUGAUGAGGGCGGGGACCAGGUCACCAUCGAGAACCUGCGCGAGAUGUUCCUCUCCCUGCUCAGCUCCAACAGCGACGACAAGAUGGCUUGCGAGACUCUCGCCAAGAACCUGGUGGCCACAAGCGCGAUGCAUGCCUUCAAAGAGGACACAGGGCUCACCAACGCAGACGACCUGAUGGAUCUCUUCCAAACGACUCGCUGUCGGGUGUACGAAGCCUUGCACCUGGGCUUGCCUCUCACUCAAUCCAUCCAGUCGGAUCUUCAAGAAAUUUACAAUGACUUGAAGGAGACAGCUAAUGUGAAAAUGGCUCAGGUUUCCAUGGAUCAGGCUGAGCCAGGAGAUUUCGCAGCUGCAUGUGAAGAAGAAAUGAACUUCCUAAAGGUGCUCAGGAAGUACAAGGUGCCUGGAGCUGACAGAGUUCUGAACGCGAUUCGAGCGACAACGUAUAGAAGAAAAAAGACUGUAAAACAACAGAAUACAAACAACAAAGAAAAAAAGCUUACGAGGGAGCUGGAUAACGCUAUCGCCAAGAUUGAUUCGGAUGUGUGGGAGAUGAUCGGGCACGACUUGGACUCUGUCCAGCUUCCUGACUUCAAUCACUUGGGGAAGCUCAAGAUGAGCAUCAAAGACGACCCUGACAUCUCUGAGUCACAACGCUCAGAUCUCCUCGCCAAGAUUCGAACCACCCGGCAGAAAGCGAUGCAGAUGUUCUUCAAUGCCAUGAGUCAGAGAACUGACAGGUGUGUCCGAUCCUUUCACUACAAGGUGAUGGAGCAGGCCAACCCCGACGUGGACGCUAUGUACAGAGACAUGCUGCAGGGCCUGCAGAACGAUGUCGAGCGGUGUGAGCUUGUUGAACACGAUAAGAAAGACUUGCUUGAGAGGCUUGCGACGGCAAAACGAGAAGCGUUGAAACAAAGGGAAAGAAUCUCGUCUGUCGAUCCAAAGUGGAAGACCAAAAUGAAUGAAAUCAGCUCAAUUCUGAGCACAGCAGAGAGAAAUCUAAGGUCAACGCUCGACAGAAAGAUCAACAGACAAGACUUCUCGCCGCUUGACAUGUCACCCCUGGACAAAGUCAGAAAGGAGAUACAGUCCUCGCAAAAAACCCUCGACGAGGCCUCGCUGAGCAUACUUACCAACCAAGUCGACAAGCUUCAAAGUGAUCUCUCCUCCAGGCUCCAGAGCGCUAAAGAAGUCGCCCAGCUCAGCCAAGAACGUAAAGCCAACCAGCAGGCCAAUCAGCUCAUGCUGGAGCUGCACGAGGCGCUGCUGGAUUACGAUAUGGCGGUAGAGAGACUGAUCGCCUCGGAGCGGUUCGGCAGUCCCAACGGCUCUAAGCUGCAGCAGAUCAAGACCAAGAUGGAGCAGAUGCAGGACAGCAGGUACGACGGUCUCAUCCAGCAGGUCAACGACAAGAUUCGAUCGUCUGCCGACAAGAUCGGCAAGGCCAAGCUCGAGUAUGACGUGCAGAUCCUGACAGAGAAAGUCAACAGCCUGACCGACGAGAUCAAGAACAGCUCUUACCGAGCUCACCCCCCGCCCGUGUUUCCCUUCACUCAGCAAGUCGGCGCGCUUCGUCGUGACAUCGCCAGCCUCGAGAGCUCGAGCGGGAAGCAGCUGAAGCACUUGUCAUCCAGACUCACUGGCGCCGUUGACCAGUGGCAACAGAUGGGCAAGGAGAAGAGAGACUCAGCAGCUGUCCAGCAGAGAGAGCAGAAGGCGUACGAGGAGUAUGAGAGGUUCCGCAAAGAGAUCAAACGCGCCAAGGCAGCGUACAAGAAAGCGUUUUUUGACAACAUGGAUAGGGAGAAGUUGAUGCUUCCAGAUGCGACCAACUUGAAUCAGCUCCUGACGACGAUUGAGAGGUCAACGAUCUUGCAAGGGAACGAGAAGAAACGAGAGCAGCUGGUGUCCAGCAUCUCCGAUACGCUUUCCCAAGCGAGCUCACAGCUAGAUGACUUUAAAGCACGACAUAAGGAAAUGGAGAUAUCUCGGCGGCGAGAGGCUCAAGCUUCUGGCCAUAAUCAGUCAUGCGUUGUUUGUUGA